AUGGCUGCACAAAGAAUAGCUGCAACAAAUGUAUUUAGACAGGGGCAUCGUUUAAUAUUACCAUCAUCUACUGACUUACAAUCACAAGAUGAUCUUCCUUUGCAACAAAAUAGAAUUAUAAUAAAUAUAGCUAAUGCUAAAACUCAAGGACCAUGUUUAGGUGGAUAUCCAUCACUUUACUUGAGUGAUGUAUUAAAAGGAAUAUGUAUUUCAAAUCCUGUUUUUACUAUACCUCAAGUUUUUAAUUUAAAAAAUAAUAAAGAUACAACAAUUAAAAAUAUCAAUACAGAAUCUAAUUUAAAAACUUCAAAUAUUGAAGAUUUAAACAUUUUUGAUGUAUCAAUGUAUAGAGACAUUGAAAAUGGAAAAGAAGAUGAUGUAAAUGAUAAAGCAAUAGAUUUAUUUAAUAAAAAACAUUAUUUUGAAGCAGUUAAAUUGUUUUAUGCAGCAUCACAAAGAGGAAAUAAUAAUGCUUUGUAUAAUUUAGCACAAUGUCUUUUUGAAGGUAAAGGUUUACCAGAAAACAAGGGAAAAGCUAUAAUGAUAUGGAAAGAUUUAUCAAAAAAGAAUCAUUCAGAUUCAUGUUAUCAACUAGCAGUAUGUCUUAUUAAUGGAAUUGGUAUUGAACAAAAUAGAGAACAAGGUAUUGAAGAAAUGGAAAAAGCAAGUUCUUUAAAACAUCCUGAAGCAACCUACUUUUUAGCUGUAAAAAAUAUGAAAUCACCUGAUUUUGAUGAGGAUCUUUUGAAGCGCCAAAUGUCUCUUCUAAUAGCGGCUUCACCAAAAUAUGAAAAUAAAUUUAAACAAUUUCUGGGUUACAAAGAUUUUCCUGAACGUGUUAGUGUUGUUGUAAGGCAAAUUCUUAGUAAUAUUGAUAGAGAAUACAACAGAUGUUUCCAAAGUUUUUUUAUCAAAUUUCCUUUUUAG